AUGUCUUCGACGCACACUAGUGGGUCUAAUAUAGUAGGCGGCCACUAUCGCGUUGGGAAAAAGAUUGGCGAGGGCUCGUUUGGUGUGAUUUUCGAGGGUACGGACCUGUUAACACACCAGCGGAUUGCCAUCAAGUUUGAGCCCCGAAAAAGCGAUGCCCCGCAGCUCCGUGAUGAGUACCGUACGUACAAAGUGCUUGCUGGCAUCCCUGGCGUGCCGCAAGUGUACUACUUUGGCCAAGAGGGCCUGCACAGCAUUCUAGUGAUCGAUCUGCUCGGCCCUUCGCUGGAAGACUUGUUUGAUCUCUGUUCCCGCCGCUUCUCUGUCAAGACGGUUGUGAUGGUCGCGAAGCAAAUGAUAACGCGUGUCCAGGCGAUCCAUGAGCGUAACCUGAUCUACCGUGACAUUAAACCUGACAACUUUCUUUCGGGGCGGCCCAACAGUAAACAGGUCAAGUUUGUGCAUAUCGUCGAUUUUGGUAUGGCAAAGCAGUACAGGGACCCGAAAACGAAGCAGCAUAUCCCGUACAGGGAGCGUAAGAGCUUGAGCGGCACGGCGCGCUACAUGAGUAUAAAUACGCACCUCGGUCGCGAACAGUCACGCCGCGAUGAUCUCGAGGCGCUUGGCCACGUCUUUCUGUACUUUUUGCGUGGCAGCCUGCCAUGGCAGGGACUCAAGGCCGCGACCAACAAGCAAAAAUACGAGAAAAUCGGCGAGAAAAAACAAAGCACGCCAAUCAAGGAGCUUUGCGACGGAUAUCCGGAAGAGUUCGGAAUUUACCUCAACUACGUGCGAAAGCUCGGCUUUGAAGAGACGCCGGAUUAUGAUUUUUUGCGCGAGCUGUUUACCAAGGUGCUCAAGAACCGCGGCGAAGUCGAGGAUGGCGUGUACGACUGGAUGCUCCUUAACAACGGUUCAGGCUGGGAGGCCGAAGCUCCGCGCGAUGCCGAGACGGAAGCAGGCGCCAAGAAUGGUACGACUGCGCAAGGAGUGUCGACCACCCUUGCCGCGCAGCCGACCGGCCGCUACCGAGGCAAAGGAAAUGAACAAACGACAGGAGUUAGCACCGCGGAAAUUCGAACAGAACAGGGGUAUGCAGCUUUGCCGGAGAAUGGUAAUGCGCCGGGGAUCCGUGCACAGAGCAACCCUGUGUCACCCAACUUGGCCGGUACUGUGCAAAAUGGCGAGAGUCGGUACGGUGGUGUAGCGAAAACGGCAAAACCUCAGCGCCCGGAUGCUGGCGCGCGGCGUAACAGUGCAUAUUACCAGACCCAAAAUGCAUACUCUGGACCUGCCGAUCACCGCUCAUUUGGCCAGCGCAUUGUCGACUUUUUGCUUUGCCGUUGUGAGUAA